AUGUCAAAGGAGGAAAAAAUCCGUGCGUCCAAGUUAAGAAAAGAAGUGCGUUUAAUUGGCUUCCAUCUCCGGCAAGAGAAAUUACAGAAAGCUGCCUUGAGAGCAGAAGAAGCCGAGAUUGAUGCUAAAGUGGUCGAAGGAUCAGUUGGAGGAUGUCUGAUUUCGAGGUUGGCAGAGAAAGGCAUUAAAUACCGCAUAAUCUCUAAUCCAAUUGAGAGAUCCAUUGUGUGGACAAUGUCAAAUCCACAGGAUAUUGCUCAGGUAGAAUUAGACCUCAGCUACUCCGCAAAAUGUUAA